AAGGGACCUAAUGUAUAUGGCAUAUGUUUGCUCCCCCUCUUAACACUAUGUGUUUUAAACAGGGCCACCUCCCGGAGAAAGGUUGUUUUCCUCAGGUAGGGAUUUUUCCCUGAAGUUAGGGAGGGAAUAAAACCCCUUAACUAAGUGCCAGGUGGGUAGUUAAUCACUUUACGAACAAUCACGCUUAAGCUACAUAAUCUUUACUCCCUGGAAUGGAGAAAGAAACGCCCUAACCUUUGGAACAGAAAUUGAUAAGAUUAAAAUCAACUGGUAUAAAUACAGAUGUAACAAGACAACACAACACAGAACUUGGAUAUCUGUGUGCCAGGUAGAUAAAGGCACCAUUUUGGAGUGGCCGCGGGAGCCAAGGUGUCGCUGCAGGUUCGCUCUCCCGUGUGCUAGGCUUGGUGGGAAGGCCUGUUUUCCAGUCCGUGCUUUUAGUCCUCGCCAUGUCCGGAAGUGGUGUGAUUCGUGGUCGGGCAGGGAACAACCAUUGUCGCAUCUACGUGGGUAACUUACCUCCAGACAUUCAAACCAAGGACAUUGAGGACGUGUUCUACAAAUACGGCGCUAUCCGCGACAUCGAUCUCAAGAAUCGCCGCGGAGGACCCCCCUUCGCCUUCGUUGAGUUCGAGGACCCGCGAGACGCGGAAGACGCGGUGUGUGGUCGCGACGGCUACGAUUACGAUGGAUACUGUCUGCGGGUCGAGUUUCCUCGAAGCGGCCGCGGGGGUGGAGGUGGAGGAGCACCCCGAGGCCGCUAUGGCCCCCCAUCCAGGCGACCUGAGAACAGAGUGGUUGUCUCUGGACUGCCUCCGAGUGGAAGCUGGCAGGAUCUGAAGGAUCACAUGCGUGAAGCAGGUGAUGUAUGUUAUGCUGAUGUUUACCGAGAUGGCACUGGUGUCGUGGAGUUUGUACGGAAAGACGAUAUGGCCUAUGCCGUUCGAAAACUGGAUAACACUAAGUUUAGAUCUUAUGAGGGAGAAGCUGCCUACAUCCGGGUUAAAGCUGAUGGGCCCAGAAGUCCAGGUUAUGGAAGAGCUCCAUCUCGAAGCCGUAGUCGUAGCAGACGCCGUAGCAGAAGCAACAGCAGGAGUCGCAGUUACUCCCCCAGGAGAAGCAGAGGAUCACCACGCUAUUCUCCCUGUCACAGCAGAUCCCGCUCUCGUACAUAAGCUAAUUGGUGACACUUGUUUGUA